CUUGCUGAAAUGUGAAAGUGAAAGACAAACGUAUGAGAUGAAUUGGCCGUUUUCGGUGUGUCGGUGUGAUCGUACGGUGUGAUCGUACAGCGUGAUCGUACAGUGUGAUCGUACAGCGUGAUCGUACAGCGUGAUCGUACAGCGUGAUCGUACGGUGUGAACCAUCGGAUCCCUCUCCUCUUCUGGUGUCGCUAUCUGGCGAUUGUUCGGGGACAUCGGAGAUCGGCGUACAUUUGUGGUGAUCCCGGCCGGACCGAUCCCGACAUGAAGACGAUUGGAUCUCUACUCCUCGGCCUGAUCCUGACGCUGAGCAGUCCCCGGAUCCGGUGUGCGGCGGUACCCCAGACCCAGCACCCUGCAGAUGUCCUCCUCCCCUGUGAAUACGUCCUCCUGGAGCCGGGAGCAGAAGGGCUUUCAUUCACACGACAAAAGGCGACGCUUGUCCUUCGCAACCUGACAGUAACAGAAGAAGAGUCGCCGGAGACUAUGCCCGAAUAUCAGACACCGGAAGGCACAGAGGUGCCGAUUUUCGAGGCCACAGUGAAUCUGCCCCACCUGCCGUUUGCGGAGCGCCUGCUUCACGUGGAAUGUGACGGAGAAGAGAUUGUAUGUGAGAUCACCCCGCUCUACUCCCACUUCUUCAUCGCCCACAUCCGUCUGCCGGAGAUCAACAUCGCCCUCGUGGCCAAGGCGGAAUCCGCUGUGGAUCCGGACGCGCCGCUGGAUGAAAAAAGUAUCACGCGGUUAUCGGGGGAUCUCCUGGUGUCCUCCGGCCCACCUUCACAAAGGGCCUCCAUCUCCAAGGAAGCCAAGCUGGCCUGUGAAGUUUGGGGGAACGUGGAAGGCGUGGACAUGGCGUGGCAUCUGCAGAAGGACGGCAAAGGGAAAAGAAUGGACCCAGAAGAAGACUCCGGCGUCUCUGUCGAAAAGAAGGCCCAGGGAGGGAAGGAAGGACUAUCACUGACCAUCAAUCCACUGACUGUGCAUCAUGAGGGCACUUAUAUAUGUGCCGUGAGCCUGGGACCCCACCGCCUGCAGCAAAUCCUCCAGCUGAAGAUCAAAGAACCUCCUCAGGUGACACUUUCUCUGAUUGAGGAUCCAGUCCCGACCCUGAUCUGCCACACUGAUCACUACUAUCCUCUGGAUGUGGAGGUGGAGUGGCAUCUGAAUGGGGCACCACUGACAGACGCCACCCCGGUCACCUCCAGCCAUCGAAGGAACAGCGAUGGGACCUACAGUCUGAGCAACCACCUCCAGGUGUCCAUCCCUCCGUCUGGUUCCCCUCCUGAUAGAUACAAUUGUGUUGUUUCACACGUGUCCAGCGAGGAACCCAUCCAGCGUGAGAUCACCGUCUCCCCACCAGAACCUGCGCUGCUCUUCCAGAUCAUCUGCUUUGCUUCCUCGCUCGUCUUAUUGGCCGUUAUGCUCAAGGCCAUCUAUACGUUCGCACGGACAGUCCCUCACGGGGCGGAGAAGGAGAAGAAAUUAUCUUGAGUUUUGCCCCCGUGCUGAACGGGAAGACGGCGCCGAGUCUACGGGAAUUUUCUACUGAUAGCGAUUAGAUGUCAGAGACGUGAUUGGUUUUGCACUGGAUGAUGUAGAUGAACUUUUGUAUUUUCUUAACCACUUAACCCCCGGACCAAUAUGCUGGCUAAAGACCCAAGGGGUUUUUACAGUUCGGGACUGC